CAGCUCAGCCACGGCGGUGUGCACCUCUCACACCGAAAGGGGAGGCCUCAUAUAGAGGGCCACUGGACCCAUCUUUGGUCUAAAUCCACGACCUUUACGGCCACUUGGCCAUAAGAAUACGCUCCAAACUCGAUCACAUCUCUCGUCAAUCCGUGACGCGCCACUUCCUCUCGACGCGGUAGAUCUCCUACCAAAGCGUGCGUUCACCACGUGUCGCGAAACUUUUCUGUCUUUGAAGCGACGAGAUAGUUGAGCAAGGUUGUUUGCUAGGCUCUGAAAGCUGCGCUAGCAGCACGAUUUCGGUGCAUUGGUUGUGACCAUGUCCCAGCAGCCUCGCCCACGCCCCGCCCACCACAUCAGCAACCUCGCAAGCAUGAAUGCAAAGGACGUCCAGGUAUCCAAUGCGCAAUCUCGAAGUGCGAGAGGAGGUCAGACGCUGAACCACCUGCUGUCGUUCACGCUGCCACCCCGAGCGCGACCACCGGCUCCUCAGUCAGCGAGGCGUGGCCGCAGAGCUGCUAAUUACGUGCCAUUCAACAAAGAACGAUAUAUUAAUGCUCAGUACCGCUUCCUCGUGAAGCCCACCGGCGACUACACUGCCCAUUUUGCCGACCCUGAUAUCUAUUUGAAUUGGUCAGACAUCCUACAGGUGCUGAUUCCUACAUCUACCGCGCUCUCUGCUGUGUCUUCAUCGUCAAAUGCAGCAGCAACAACAAGCGUCCAUACCUUCGAGCACGAGGGUGCUACUUGCCCCAUUUGCUUGUCUCCGCCCACAGCGCCGCGCAUGACGAAAUGCGGCCAUGUGUACUGCUACCCAUGUAUGCUGCACUAUCUCGCGCUUGGUGAAGACACAGGAACUGUCAACUUUUCGCGGUCAUCGCACCUCGAGUCCAGUAAUGGUUCAUACAAUCGACCCGGAGCGCCACCUCGUCGAGUCGGCGCACUGGCCACACCACCCGGGAGCAGCACGCCAGCGUGUGAACUGAUGCAUACCGCCUCGGCCCUGAGCGCCAAAAGCUGGAGACGCUGCCCGAUAUGUUGGGAUGCCGUCUACGCCAAAGACUUGAAGGCGGUCAAGUGGUGGGACCCGCAACAGGAAGCGAGACGAUGGACUCCAAAAGUCUUACCGGAGAACGCAGAGCCUAGCGACGCCCAUGCAUCUUUUGAGAUAUUGCAGGAGCUGAAUCUCCACAAUCACCUGCCAAUGCGGCUGAUCGAACGACCCCAAAUUACGACGCUUGCUCUACCCCAAUCGUCUUUCUGGCCGGGCAACUCCGAGGACGAUUUCAUGCCUCCGCACGCCGCCCCUUGGCACUUUCAGCCGGAUGUGCUCCCCUUUGCAAAAUUUAUGCUUGCAUCGCCGGCCCUCAUUGAAGACGCACUCAACGAGGACCUCAGUCAGCUGGAGGUGGAGAAGGUUUCCCUGGAGAAUAUGCUGGGUGAAAGAGAUGAGCUGAGCUUGCAGUUCGUUCAGGUCGCCAAACGCAAGGUCAUGGAGCAGAUUGAGAAGGUCAAAGUGGAAUGUGAUACGCAAGGUGUGCGGAGCACUAUUGAGCGAAAGAAGCGGCAGUUUGAAGGCUGGCAGGAGGUGGAUGAGGGCGAGCAUGGAAAUUCUGCGCCAACAACAACUCUUGUCGAAGCACCAAGCGUGAUCGAGGACGACGCGCAGGGUGCACCAAGUCGACAGAUGGUCAAGAGCAGUCCAAUACAGAUAGAUGAAAACCUAACAGUCUUCUUGGCCAUUCGGCCGCAGUCGCAAGGAGGUCAAAUUCCAAAUCCAUCGUUAGAAAAUCAGCAGCAACCACAACAACAGCUACGCAAGGACACUAGUCGGACACGUCGCAAUGUCAACCCACCCUCACCAUCCCCCUCCUCCUACUUCUACUACCAGGCCGCGUCCGGUCAGAACAUUUUUCUGCAUCCGCUCGACAUCAAGGUGCUUCACAGCAAAUACGGCUCGUACUCUGCCUUUCCACACACCAUCCACGUCAAGGUGUCUGGUGCCGACGAAGGCAGUAUGAAUGAGGAUCUGCGACGGCGCUGCAAGUAUCUGACACACAUCCCCACUGCAGCGGAUGUCGUCUUCAUCGAGGUCGACUGGUGGGCGACGAAUGGCGAAGGGCAGGACGGAAAGGCGUUGAAGCUGAGCCCGGAAGUGCUCAACCCAUAUAUGCAAGCCCUGCGGCAACGAAAGAGCCGCCGACGGGAUAGAGGGCGUAAGGAAGACCGCGCCAAGCUGAAAGCGGACGAGCAGGAAGCAGCAGAGACAUCCGCGCGCAAUCGGAUGGGUCCAGCGCAAGAGUACAAGGAGCUCACGCAUAACUGGCCUAGCGCCGACUUGGCGAGCAGCUACGGCGCGGUCAAUGGCUCGGCUAGACUUUCAACAAGCUUUGGAAGCGGAAGAGGUGGGGGGUCUGAGAACAGCUCGUUGUCCUCGCCGUCGUUCCGAGAAGCUGCUCUGGUGGGAGCAGAACGAGAAUUUCCGGUGCAUCCCGGCGGUCCGACAGAAGACUUCCCCGCAGUGCCGCGGCAAGCCCACGAUGCAGAUGAAGCAGCUGGCAUCACUAAUCAAGCAGGUCCAACUGCGACAACGGUAUGGGGAACCCGAGCUCAAUCCCGAACUGCGUUCAGCGUGGCACUGCAGCGCGGACACCGCGGCGACGCGGACGAGAUGUGGGAGCGCGACGUGGACGAUGCAUGGCUUGAACUGGAGGAAGACUUUUUGCUUGGAGCCACAUCCGGCGGGCGGCGCAACACCGGAACUGUGAAAGAAGGGCGCGGUCUCAAUAAGCAACCGCGGUCCGGCACAGCUACACCGCGGGUGGGAGCUGGGAGUAGCCACACGCCGCCGAGCAGGUCAGGGGGUAGUCCGGAAGCAAGCAGCGCAUCCACGCCACGAGCUGGGCCAGACGACGGAAGAGAAGGGCAGCCUGAAUCAUCCUCAGGGAGACCCCGAGCCACUGCAGCCCCUCGCGCCAAGAGCAAGAAGAAGCUGGUCCUCACGAGCGGUGGACGAGGGAUGGCAUAGACUGAACCGUAUUUCUUUUGUAUACUGCAUAGUUGUUGCAUGUCUUCUGUAGCGUACAUCUAGACGGGUGAUCCUGCAUUUC